AAAAAAAGUAACGAAAAGGAAAUGGAAAGGGAAGUUUCCGACCACGUCGUCUUCCUCCGUCCUCCCUCCUCUCUUCCCCCUCUCGCCAAGGAGGCGAACGCGAUGACCACCAGCAUGCUACCCCGCAUGCCCUGACAAUUCAUUCCCAUUUGGUGACCCAAUCCACGCCCCCGAACAAUCAUCAACAUAGCCGAGGCGAUUUCUACCCUCACAUGGAGUAAAAAUCCAACCUUUGCAUGUGACCUCUCCUUAAAUCCCCGCAAGAAUCAAUCCGAAAGGGGAGAGAAAAAUAGAGCAAUCCCAUUGCUUCACAUCUUCUCCUUCCCUUUGGGUUUUCUUCUCUUUUCUUCGGUUCGCGCGCCCCCAUAAACCUCCGCCAAAGCUCCUUUCUUGCCCUCGAAUCAUCAUCCAUGCCCCCCAAGAAUCUCCAAGGUCCGAUCUUUUGAGUUGUUUGAUACCAAUCCCUAUAAAUUUCCACAGAAAUAACCCGAUAAUCGCACCCGGAGUUGGAGAGCGCUUCCAUUUUUGGUUGGUCGUCGGUGAGAAUUCGAGCCUCGCCGCGGGUUUUCCAAGAAAGGCAAGGCGAUUCCGUUCCCCGGCGGCGUUCGUACAGUUCUUGAUCCGGUAGGGGAGACCUUCGUACAGUUCUUGAUCCGGUGGGGGAGACCUCGCCGUCGGAGCAAUGCAGCCGGACCCGCAAGGCCCGGGUAGGAAGAAGGCCGGCGGUGCCAAUGCGCACGCGCGGCUGCCGCCACCGGUGACGGCGGGGUCGGCGGGGCGGCCGGCGUCGGUGCUGCCACACAAGACGGCGAACGUACGCGACCACUACCGCAUCGGGAAGAAGUUGGGGCAGGGGCAGUUCGGCACCACGUACCAGUGCGUGGGCAAGGCCGACGGUGCCGAGUACGCGUGCAAGUCCAUCCCCAAGCGCAAGCUGCUGUGCCGCGAGGACUACGAGGACGUGUGGCGUGAGAUCCAGAUCAUGCACCACCUCUCCGAACACCCCAACGUCGUCCGCAUCCGCGACGCAUACGAGGACGCGCUCUUCGUGCACCUCGUCAUGGAGCUCUGCGCCGGCGGCGAGCUCUUCGACCGCAUCGUCUCCAAGGGUCACUACACCGAGCGCGCGGCCGCGCAGCUCAUCAGGACGAUCGUCGGGGUGGUGGAGGGCUGCCACUCGCUCGGCGUCAUGCACAGGGACCUCAAGCCGGAGAACUUCCUCUUCGCGAGCACCGCCGAGGAUGCCCCGCUCAAGGCCACUGACUUUGGGCUAUCCAUGUUCUACAAGCCUGGUGAUAAAUUUUCUGACGUUGUUGGGAGCCCCUAUUAUGUUGCACCUGAGGUGCUUCAAAAAUGCUAUGGCCCAGAAGCUGAUGUCUGGAGUGCUGGAGUGAUUCUGUACAUUUUGUUGUGUGGUGUACCCCCAUUCUGGGCAGAAAGUGAAGCAGGGAUCUUCAGGCAGAUUUUGCGAGGCAAACUUGACUUGGAAUCUGAACCAUGGCCUGGUAUCUCUGAUAGUGCUAAAGAUCUAGUGCGUAAGAUGCUUACCCGGGAUCCAACAAAGAGACUGACUGCUCAUGAGGUUCUAUGUCAUCCAUGGAUUGUUGAUGAUGCUGUUGCACCUGAUAAGCCUAUUGAUUCUGCUGUUUUAUCAAGGCUGAAAAACUUUUCUGCAAUGAACAAGCUCAAGAAGAUGGCACUGAGGGUGAUUGCUGAAAGUCUAUCUGAGGAGGAGAUUGGUGGCUUAAAGGAGUUGUUCAAAAUGAUCGACACUGACAACAGUGGGACAAUAACUUAUGAUGAACUGAAGAACGGCCUGAAAAGGGUGGGGUCAGAUCUAAUGGAGCCUGAAAUCCAGGCUUUAAUGGAUGCGGCUGAUAUUGACAACAGUGGAACCAUUGACUAUGGAGAAUUCUUGGCAGCUACAUUGCACAUGAAUAAACUGGAGAGGGAGGAAAGCUUGGUGUCAGCAUUUUCAUUCUUUGAUAAGGAUGGGAGUGGCUUCAUAACAAUUGAUGAGCUCUCACAAGCAUGCCAACAAUUUGGUCUAUCUGAUGUUCAUCUUGAAGAUAUGAUCAAAGAUGUGGAUCAAAAUAAUGAUGGACAAAUCGAUUAUAGCGAGUUUGCCACAAUGAUGAGAAAGGGCAAUGCUGGUGGAGCAGGAAGGAGAACCAUGAGAAACAGCUUACAUGUGAAUCUUGGUGAAAUAUUGAAGCCCGCUGAGAAGUAACUCGUGAAAUCUGGAAGCCCGCUGAAAACUAACUCAUAUCAGAGUCUUCCAGAUGCUUCACUCUGAAGUUUUGCGUGCCUCAUCAGCUGGACUUAUCAAGACAAAUGAUUUAGCAAUUGAUCUGUUACUUGUGCCAUCGAGAAGUUGUUAAAUUUUUGUAGCAGUACUAGUAGUUUGUGGAAAGUGCAUGGUAUGGUAGCAGUACUGAUCUUUGUUGUUAAUGUACAAUGUGUUGAUGUCCCAUAAGAUAGUGACCUAGGUCUCCAUUUGACUUAUCAAUCCAUUUGUAAACAUGUUUUCACGAACCUAUUUUUGAUU